GCCAGCUGUCAGUGAUCAAAAUCGUCAUUGAAGCGAAAGUGCGAAAGCCGAAACGUGCAUUCGAUCUAUUUUGUUUAAAAAAAUAAAAAAUGGCCAAAGAUCCUUUGGACGAGAUGUUGAACUUCUUUACACCAGAAUCGCGGAUAGAUUUAAAGCUCAUCGCGGUGGAACAUUUGGUUGGAUUAUCCGCAAGUGACCACGGAAUCAACUGCCUAUUAAACAAUGAAAACAUAAUGAAAGCAAUUAUUGAAUUGACCGACGAUAAAGUAGAAGAUAUUGCUAGAAGUGCUUUAUUGAUUCUAAUUAACGUGACAGUACACACACGCGGUGCCACGGAGCUAUUAAAAUACAAAAACAGCGCGCAGAAAAAUAUCAUAGAUUUAUUGAUUUCGUACGUAUUAAAUCCGCAGAAGAAAGACGCUGAUGCCGCUUGCAUGAUACUUUCGAACAUAACAAGACUCGAAGACGAGUUGGAGGUGUGCUUAAACACAUUCAUUCCACAUUUAAACGACAUUUUAAACGCCUUUGCCAACGUUGAUUUUAACAAAAAAGGUUCCAAGUUGAAUUACUUAGCGCCUAUGUUUAGCAACCUGUCCUGCAGUCAUAGGAUACGCCGUUGGCUUAUAGAGGAGAAUCCACACGUUCCGGUAAUAAAGUUAUUACCGUUUUGCAACUACGCACAAUCAAGCGUCUGUCGCGGUGGUGCAGUUGGCACUAUACGGAACCUCUCAUUUGACACAGAAUGCCACGAUUUCCUUCUCAGCAAUGAUGUGGACUUGUUAACGUACAUACUGAACCCAAUAAUGGGAAAUGAAGAUUACCCUGAUGAGGAAAUGGAUUCCUUGCCAAUCACAUUACAAUAUUUACCGAAAGAGAAAACCAGGGAACCAGAUAUCGAUGUGAGGAUAAUGAUUUUGGAGACGCUGAACAAGCUGUGCGCUACAAGCAGAGGCAGGGAGAAGUUACAGAACAACGGAGUGUAUUAUAUCCUCCGAGAGUACCACAAAUGGGAACAUGAUCCUAAAGCGUUGCUCGUUUGCGAGAAUGUCGUCGACAUCCUUAUUCAGAAGGAAGAAGAGGUAGGAGCGGAGGAUCUAUCUGCAGUAGAAGUACCGGAGGAGAUGAAAGAGAAAUUCCAGAAAAUGGAUGAAGAUUUUAUGAACAAUGUUUAAGUUGUACAAGAGGCUGUGAAGAUCGGAGUAUUUAAUGCUUUUGAAUGCCACAGGCAUGAAAGCACCUUAGUAAGUGGCAAUGAAAGCCACCACAGCACAUUUUUAUAAUGGCAGAUGACUACAAUAAGUCAGAUGAACACAACAUAUUUUUAUAAGAUCACAAUGACAUAGCUACUACUAUGACAGUUGAUGGACACAAUUAAAUGUCCAGAUGAAAAAUUGUUUAGUAGCACUGAACUACCCACAAAGUAGAAAACCCUACACUGGGCUUGUCAACAAUAGAUGUUUUUAUAAUUUAAUAAAAUAAGAAAAUGUUAAUCAGAUGCUGGUUAUUGCAGAUGCCUGAUGAAAACAGAAACACAUAUUAUAAUUUUAAAAUAUCGAUUGAUAUAAAUAAAGGGUUUUAGAUGAAUUGAACUUGAGUAAAUCAACUACUUUUAUGUUCUAAUAAGAUUUUUGUGCAAGGAAAAGGAUGGCUAAAGUCCAAUAUUUAAGAUAAAUAGAUAUCAAAGGCACCUAAGAUAAAUAAACAUUAGGUAUAAACCAAUCUUUACCAUGAAGUAGAAUUAAGACCAAACCUCAAGAGGAAGUCUAUGCAAAGCUGCAGGACAGUACACAUAGGGCUGAUAUGUUUUAAGUUACUAUAAUACUAAGAUAGCUAUACUCGACUUUGAGUCCACCUGAGUUUUUACAAAUGAGCAUGGCUUUAAAAAUUUCACUAAAAUUAAAUACUGCAGCAUUUAUAGUCACAGUGGGGGAUUAGGUGUUAAUCAUCCAAAAAGUCAGUUACAAUAUCUACCUAAAUUUUACAAUUUUGUAUAAUUGGUUAUGAUUUUAGUUCUUUAUAAACAUGUUGGCUGCAGUUUUCGAAAAAUCGGGAAAAUAUACUAAAAAAGCGCGUUAAAAUUUUAAAAAUAGUUUUAUUUCAAUCUUUAACAGUCGCGUAAACAUAAGAAAUCAUUUCUAAAUACGAUGUUAAAAUAAAUAAAAUUUUAAUUUUAAUGAUUUUUUGUCGAAGUAAGUUUGAUUUUGCGUUGCGGCCCGACGCGCUAUGAUGUUGCGGCCCGUAUAGGAAAGGUGGGUAUGGCUGACCUAUGAGAAUAAAGAGGGAUAACGAGCGAUGGCUGGACACCAAGGAAGAUUAAUAAUAAAUAAAUGGCACCGGUUUUUGCAACUUCAAGCGUGUAUUAUGUGUGAUAUUGUAUUUCUGAGAAAAUUAUAAAUAAAAUACUUGAUCAUUU